UAUGGAAGAGAGGGGAUUUCAAGUAAAGGGGCAAGAAACUCAAGCGAGUAAUACAAAGAAGAAGUUCUCUGAGCGUGAGAAUAAAGGGAAAAUAGAAGAUAUUCUUAACCCAAACAUAACAGUAUAUAAAAAUUCCGCGAAUACCUUUAAACGUUGCGAAAUAAAUUUAAUACCAGAUAAACAAGUUGAAAGCUAUCGAUACAUGUACCAAAUGCGAAUACUUGAGGCAUUGGAUGAUCGAUUUUCUAAUUUAUCAACAAUUUUAAAGGAUCAUUACAAUUUGGAAAUUUCUGAUGCAUUUCAUAUCAAUCGAGAUGAGAUACAUACAGUCGGUAGAAUUUGUUGUGACUCGGAGGGUAAUCUUAACACUGAAUCCGUUUUGCUAGAAAUUCCAGAAAAACGAAAUCGUUUGAGAUUAUCAUUCGAUGGACUAAAGUCAUUUUCUUUAUUUUCUGGACAGAUUGUGGGUGUUGAGGGUACUAAUAGUACUGGAAAUCAUUUGAAUAUGAGUAGAAUUUUUGAG